AUGCUUAGUGCAUCUGAAAGGGCAACAUUUCCUCCAGAGAUCAUAGAUCUCAUAGUAUCUGGACUCUGGAACUCGACUAUGCCCUCCAAAGACCGGGUCCACUUGAUGACCACCUGUCCCUUGAUAAACAGUGUCUGGCAGGACGUCUACGCCACCCACUCUUCUCGGGACGUCUACAUCCCAACCGUCAAGUACCUCCAAUCCUAUCUCUGUGGCAUCAUACAGUCACAGCAGUCGGUCAUCUAUGGCAACCGUCUUCCUGCGUCUGUUCGCACCAUGACAUGCUAUGUCGAUCUGACUCGGCCGGAUGAAGAAGCCGCAAAGGAUACCUAUGUCCUGCUAACCAACCUACCCAAUUUUAUUGGACUCCGAGCUUGCUUUACCUCUCUCCGACAGCUCUUUCUCAACCUUCAGUUCCGCGCCUCCCCCUGGAAGACGGCGGGGAUCUCGGGGAUCAUUAAAACAAGCCUCUGCAUCUUUCUGGACCCAGACAGGAAUGUAACAGUACACAGAGCAGAUUUCCAUGUCAAAAGCCCAGGUCAUGCUCAUGGGUUGGACGAACUAGUAAUGGAAAAUAUUAUUCGGGCUAUGGGCUCUGGGUCCAAAACGAUGCUUGAUCCGGAACUGAUGGUAAAAAGUCAGAAACUCGUCGAGGGUGCACCAGCCCUAACAAGAUAUUAUCGCGCUUCAGCAUCAUGGCCUGAACGUCGGGGAGACUUGCACUAUUACCUGAACUACUCACUCUGGAGAGCGGUGACCAUACCAAAUAGUUUGCAUAGAUCCCUAUUGGAGCCGGUUUCUCAUCUUGUAUGGAGACUGAUACUCCAGCAGUCCCUUCCUAUCAACAGUUAUUUCCAGUGGGAACUGAGAUUUGACUUCGUGCCAUGGGGUCUCAUUACUGAUAAAAAUAUCAAAUGA